UAUAAACUUUUUCCAUUUCCUCAUUGUUUGUAUGCGUCUUUUGUUCUUUUUAUAUAUUUUCGAUUAGGAAGAAACGUGUAGGAUAAUAUUUCUGAAUCUUGUAUUAGUUAGUAGCAUUGUUGUUUCUUCCCAUGAUGUCCCUUCCCUCCCUGCAAUUCCUGACAUUCCUUCUCCGAUCCCCGGAACUUGUCUCCCCCGUUCUCUCUCUUGGUGUACCUUCUUCACAUAGCAAGCAAGAAUUUGCCAGCUAGAUAAUUUUGAAUUAUGAUCAGAAUCAUGGCAAUCAUCUUGAGUGCAUUUUAGAUCCCAGAUCAAGUUCUCAUCUUUCUUUUGGGUUGUAUAAUGAUGCUCGAAGAUAAGAUAAUUGUGAGGGACUAAGAGGGAAGUUCUGCUUUUGUAUACCUGUAGUGUAGAUGGACCGAAGGAGUUGGCUAUGGCGCAGGAAGUCAUCGGAGAAAAGUCCGGGCGAAACGGAGAGUUCGGGAUCAAUAUCCUCUCUUUCAGAGAGAUUCUUUGAUGACCAGGUGUAUGCAACCCAAGCUACUCAAUCACCAGAAGUCACAUCCAAAGCUCCACCACCAAAUGAAGAAGAACAUAGUACACCAAAGAAGAAUAAAGAAGAAGAUACUGGUGUGAAGGCUCUAAAUGACAAACUUGCAGCCGCUCUCCUUAAUAUUAGUGCCAAAGAAGACUUGGUAAAACAGCAUGCUAAAGUUGCUGAAGAAGCUGUCUCAGGUUGGGAGAAGGCUGAAAAAGAAGUGGUGUCUUUAAAGCAACAACUUGACACUGCAAAGCAAAAGAACUCAAUUCUUGAAGACCGAGUUGGUCAUCUUGAUGGGGCACUCAAAGAGUGUAUGCGGCAGCUUCGACAAGCUAGAGAGGAGCAAGAGCAAAAGAUCUUUGAAGCUAUGGCAAUUAAAUGUCAUGAGUGGGAGCGGAAAAGAUCUGAGCUUGAGGGAAAGGUUGUGGAACUCGAAGCUUCACUUCAAACAGCUAAAGCAGAUGCUACUGCAUCAAUUCGUUCUGACCUUCAUCAGAGACUUGAGGCAAUGGAGAAAGAGAAUUCAAGUCUUAAACUUGAGCUUGAAUCUCGGCUUGAAGAAUUAGAAUACAGGAUUGCUGAAAGGGACUUGAGUGCUGAGGCUGCUGAAAUUGCAAGCAAGCAACAUUUGGAGAGUGUCAAGAAGGUUGCUAAGCUUGAAGCUGAGUGCCGUAGACUGAAAGCAAUUUCUCGAAAAGCAAUUCCCAUUAACGAUCACAGGUCUUUGGCUGCAUCUUCAGUUUAUGUUGAGUCAUUCACAGAUAGUAUGUCAGAUAGUGGAGAGAGGCUACUUGCAGUUGAAAAUGACAUGCGUAAAUUAGGGGGCUGGGAGAUCAAUGAACACGAGCCAAGCCGUAGCGAAUCAUGGUCAUCAAAUUUAGUAACGGAACUUGAUCAAUUAAAGAACCAAAAGGCUAAUGGGAAAAGCCAUAUGGCCCCUUCAACUGAGAUCAACCUCAUGGAUGAUUUCCUUGAGAUGGAAAAGCUUGCUGCAUUGCCGGAUGCAGAAAGUGGAAGCAAUUCUGUUAAAGCAAUCAGUGUUUGCCAGGGUACAAUGAAAGCUCAAGUUGAAGCCAUCAUUCAAAAGAAGAGUGAGUUGGAAAAGAUGCUACAGAAAAUGGAGGCUGAUAAACUUGAAGUACAGAAUAGCUUAACCAACUGCCAAAUGCAGCUUGAGGCAUCACAUAGUCGGAUUAGAGAAGCAGAGUUGAAGGUAACAGAGCUUCGAACUCAGUUAGCUCUUGCCAACAAAUCAAAUCAAGAAAGAUAUGAAGAACUAAAAGCAACCAAAACUAAGAAGGAAGUAGCCGAGUCAAAACUUGGAAUCGCUCAAAGUGAUAUACAAGAGUUGGCUGCAAAAAUCUGUUCCUUGGAGGAAAAGAUUCAGAAGGAGCAAGCUUUGUCUAUGGAGAACUCGAUCAAGUUCCGGAGACUGGAGGAUGAGCUUUCAAAAACAAAGCAGGAAGUUCAACUUCAGCAAGACAACGCAGCUUUGCAAAGUCACGAGUCGAAGUUAAAGCAGGAGAAGGAACUUGCAUUGGCUGCUAGUAGAUAUGCUGAUUGCAAGAAAACCAUUGCAUCUCUUGGACAGCAGUUGAAGUCCCUUGCAACCUUGGAAGACUUCCUAAUUGAUUCAGGCAACAUUAAUGAGUUGACUAAUGAAGUUACACAAGCUCAACAAAAUGGUGUUGAACAAUUCAAAUUGCACCACACUGAUAUGUGUCUGUCCAAAAGAGAUUCCGAGUCGCCAAUUUCGCUUAAUCCAGCAUCCAUCGCCAACGAGAAGAGCCGCCAUAAUAGUAACCUUGGUAAGUUGGUUCCCCCUAGAAGCAAGAGUGUAAGCAGGCGAGGAAGAAUCUGAAAGGCUGAGUUGUAAAUUUGGUUCAUUCAUUCUUGUCUCCAAAUAGCAGUGCUUGAAGAAGCAAAUAAAAGUUGGAAUUUUGAUAUA